AUGGGACCAAAACAGAGGAAAUCGGUCUCUUCGGUAUCUUCACAGUCCUACUCUAAUUCUCCUUGGAAGGCAUUGACUAGAAUAGAAUUAUAUCAAGUUCUCGAUCAGUGCGAUAUUCCAGUUUCUUCAGAAAAGCUUUUAAAGGGAGAGCUCAUUGAAUUACUUGAAGGUAAUCUUGGCGAAGAAGAGUGUAGAAAGUGGCUAGAACACUAUGAAAAACCACUUCCAAAUUCAGAUUUUGGGCUUAACAAAAAUGAAUCAACUAUUCCAAUAAAAAAACAAAUUGCAGCAAAAGAAAGAAAGUCUGUACCAGCAUAUAUUGCCCUUGCAAAUCAAAACUCGCAUGUUCUCAAUUCUACACAAAACUCUCCCUUAAAUGAAGUUAAUGUAAGCAAAACUUUAAGAAGACGGAACUCUAUGUAUACUAAUAAUUCAGGAGAUAGAGCAAAAGAAAUUUCAAAAGAAUAUAGUGAACUAAAGAAUUUUGAAUUUAUAAGUGAGUUAAGUAAUAAUACACAAUCCGAUUUUCAUGUACCAAAUGAUACUGAAUUCCAUAUUAAGAAUGAUUCCUUAAACAAAAACAAGUUAAAUGAAACGCAUAAACUAUCAAAUAAAAAUCUUGAAGAUCGCAUGUAUAAGUCUUUAGGCCAAAGUAUGAUUGUAAAGACUAAAAAGGCUUUAAGAUAUAUGAAUUCAAAAUUGAUCAUUGCCUUUUUAACUUUAUUUAUAUUCUUUGCUUUAUAUAACCACUAUUACUACUUUUUUCACGAACCAUUCUUUUGUAAUUCAAUUGAACUAAGUGAAAAAACAAUCAAUUCCCCAUUCUGUAUUAAAUGCCCUCCAAACGGUCAUUGUAAAGAUGGAAAAUUAAAGUGCAAUACUCAAUACAAAAAAGCUGUUAAGUACUUAAACAAUAGAUGGCAAAUUGUCUGUGUAUAUGACAACGAAGCCUUCGACCUUGCAGAAGAAAUGCUCACAUUUAUUACAAAUAAACUUAGAAAGCUGCGUGGCAAUCGUGAAUGUAGUGGGAAUCACCUAAAUGAUAUAUUUUUCCCUGACAAAAGAAAAAACAGUAAAAUUCUUGGUUUUGAUAGAUCAAUAGUUUUAAGCGAGAAGGAAAUCAAUGAAAUCAUACAUCUUUCAUUUAACUAUAUUGAGCAAGGUACUGUUGAAAGUGCGCUUUCAAUUAUGUGGAAUUCAAUUAAAACUGGGAAUUCUUUAUCUAGAUAUGGACUAAGAGUAGUGGAACGUAAAACCCCAGACUCAAAUCAAGGUUUAACUACUAAUAAUAAAAAAGGUCAGUCUAAUGAAGAAGAAAGGUUUUUUGAAGCACUUGACUCUGAGACUUCGAUUAUUUGUGAAGCCAAAUUAUUUAUUCAGAAAUGGGUAGUUAUUUUGGUUUUUUUAAUUGCCGUAUUCUUGCCAUUAUAUUUCAAAAUAAAAAGAAGAAGAAGAAAGGCAGAAAUACUUGCAAAAAUUAAAUCUAUCAUUUGUAGAGAAAAUAGAAAAGAUACAACUGGUUUGUUUGUUGGCCCCGACUCUGAAACAAUCUUAAGAUUAUUACGUUUAGAACUCCCUAAAUAUAAGAAGAUUUUAGAUGAGCAACUUGUUUUGGAAUAUUGUGAUAGCCUCGAGCAAAGUGAUCCAAAUAUACACAAAACUUUAAUGUCUGAAAGCAAGCACCCAUUCUAUUGGUAUUCCAGUUGA